UGUCCGAAGCAUAGAACGGAUCGACCGGGGUCAAGUUAGCGAGGAAUUUCUUCCUGUCCGACGACCUUCAAGGCACGGGCGACUCGGAGCCCCUCCGGGAGGACAGAUCCUUUUCUCAUGUACGUCAUGAACGCCGAAGAUCAAUGUACCUCCUGAACUAGUUUUUGCUCCUGUGUUAAACCGGCUUCGUUAAAGAAUACACUUAUCACGCUCUGUGUAUCAAGGAACCAAAUUUUUAUGAUCCGCAAAGGCCUUAGUGUAGGAAAAAAUAUUACGACUUCAAGCUGGAAGGAAAAAAUAAGCACGAAAACGCGUUUCAACGUGAUCGUGAGAGAUUGUGGAUCGUGCCGCCGCCGCCGCCGAUGAUUGACCACCGCGGAACCGGUCGUCAGUCGCAAUCUGAACGGAGAUAUGGCAGGAAGGACAAUGAUGAUGCUCUCAGGCUUUGCUAUAUGUGCGGUAAUCGUUGGAGUGGUAGUGGGACAACUUCCGAAUGUGGACCGCGUCCUCGGCGAUGAAAUCUUUGGCUAUCCGGUCGACGAGGCAAUCAGUCCGCAGCUGCAAAAUGCACGCAACCGUACACCUAUAUUUGUGCCGCAUAAGUGUGCAGAAAACGAAAUUCUCUAUCCAGGCGACCACAACAAUGAUUGGGUCUGCGAUUGUCGACCAGGGCACGUGUACUAUCCAAAGGAAAAUAAAUGUUACUCCCUGUUUACGAAGGGAUUUUGUCAGCAGGGCGAGUACGUCGAUGUUAUGCGGCCAUCGUUGAUUGUGGGUUGUACCAAAAAUGUCUGCACCGGCCGAAACAUGGUACCAUAUAAUGGCCAAUGCGUGGAGCUGUACCGUCACAAUAAAAUCUGUCCGUUGGUCGGACGCACCUAUUGGGUGAUUGGUGUCAACGCAACUACACUGCAGCUAGAUUGCGUAAAGAGUCUGCCAAAUGAGGUGACUACGUUGCAGAACCGGAACCAGGAUGAGGAUACGGCUGCUUCGGUCGAAUCAAUACUGUUUGAGGGAGCGAACCGCUGCUCCAAUGGAACACGUACUAGGUACGAAGGAUUAUGCUAGCAGAACUUUGUCUACUCAAAAAUUACAACGGAGGUAUUGCGAGUUUCGGUAUUUGCUUAUGACCCAACUUAGAAGAAGUAAAAAAACAUUAUCAACAAACAAACAUAGAUUACUUUAAGACUGCAGCUGAGCCAUUAUUAUUGUACAUUUUUAGCCUUCUUCGAACGGACAUUGCUAAUGUUUGUAGAACCGUCGCUCGGUCCGUCGAUGGAUUCCUCAUCGUCAGGAGCGCGACGUGAUAUUCGUUGUUUCAGUUUUUGACCCCCAACCGCCUGUAUGAAGGGUGACUGGUGAAACUCGGGCCAGUUGAUGAACUCAUUGAACAGGGUUAACACCUGAGCGGGUGUCAGCUCGCCAAACUCGGUGUAGAUAGUCAUCUUGUCCAAGAAGUCAUUAGCUACGAGCGGAACGGACUUAAGCAGCUGGCUUGGUAGAGGGCUUGGUGGAACUUUUCCUACCGUAGCGUAGUUAGCGUUCAUUAUCAAACGACUACCGCAAUGAGGUAUCCAGUGUCUGAAAAACAAAUUAAUCCAACUAUAUAUGCGUUUCUGUUACACUAGUAAUCGAACAUGAACUCACUCUAAC